GAUUCGUCUGAAAUCGACUCUUGGCCCAAAUAGAGAUAUUUUUCUUAGACUAUGUAGGACGCAUGGUGUCAAUUUCGAAUGAAACCGAAAUAAAGUGUUGUAACUCGCUGUGAAAUUGAGCUGUGUUUCAAGCUAGCUGCUAAGCCUUUUUGUUGUUGUUGACAUAGCUAAAUAUCUGCGUUUAGUUAAUUCAUUACUUUUUGUUUACUAAUUUUCUUGAGUUACGUCAUUCACCGCUUCCUCAAAUGGAUAUAACUUUAUAAUUUCGACAGGCAUACUAUUGUAAUUAGCCUAUAUUUGCUGUUUUUAAACCAUAAACAAUCAGAUAAUAGUUUUGAAUCAUGUAUUGGGGGUCGCUUUUAGGCAGAUACUGUGCUGUUCAGAUCAGACAGCAUGUCGGAUCUCUUCAGUGUGUCCUGCCGAUAUCCUCCUGUCUUUCCGCUAGAGGGUUCCACAUGACUGGCAUUAGAAGGACGUAUGAUGUCCGGAAAGUGGAGCUGACCCCGCUGGAGCAAAGAAAACUCACCUUCGACAGUCAUGCCCUUGUCAAAGAGCUGGAGUCUAACGGGUUUGAAAAGAAGCAGGCAGAGUUGAUCGUCAAUGCGCUGGUCACCCUCACGACAGCCAACAUGGACAUUGUAUACAGGGACAUGGUAACAGGAGCUCAUCAGGAAAUUGCACUCCAGCAAAUUAUGGCUCAUCUGGAUUCCAUUAGGAAGGACAUGGUUAUUCUGGAGAAAAGUGAAUUUGCCAACUUGAGAUCGGAAAAUGCAAAAAUGAAGGCUGAGCUUGAACAGAUCAAGAACAGAUUGCUGGAGGAAAGUAAAAAAAUCAGAGCAGACGCAAAGUUGGAUAUCAAUCUUGAGCGAAGUCGAGUAACCGACAUGUUCACAGAGCAAGAGAAAAAACUGAUGGAAGUCAACUCGGAGUUUCACAAAAAGAAAGCUGAAAUUGAAACUAGCACAAUUGAAACCACCAAGAAAAUAGACAUCGAAGUGGCUUCACUGAAAACACUCCUGGAAUCACUGAAGCUUCAGACGAUCCGAUAUCUCGCAGCGUGCAUCUUCUCCUCUUUGGUGGUUGCCCUCGGUUUCUACCGGUUAUGGAAGUAAAAGAAAUGUCUUUGACAGUUUUAGCUUUAUUUUUUAGUUAUGUUAAAGUUAUUUAGAGUAUUAUUGUAAGCGAAACCUGAUUUUAAGUGCAUAUUAUAUAUAAAAACAUAUCCUUCUUGUAUUAUUUUCUUACAUAUGACAUACCGUCAAUGACCACUAAAAUAUUUGAGCAGUGUUUUUAAUCCAAUAUUUUAUGUGCUAUAACCACUAAAUCCCACUGGUCUGAAAUCUGUGAAACUAUCCUUUUAAAUAAUAAUUUUUAAAAAAAACCACAUACUGAAGAAGUUGUGUUUCUUUUCUACACUUUGUUUUUAGUAGGUAUGUUAGAGGGAUUGGGAAUUAGGCCUACGGGAAUUGCUUGUUUGGUUUUGAUUUGUUUAUUUUUAUUUGGCACCACUCAGGUUUCUUUUUCUUUUAUUUCCUUUUUUGGUCUUUAUUAAAUAUACUGUCAAUAGCUCAUACUGUAUAUUGAUCUAGUGGCUUUGGCUUGUUUUAAAUAAAAUGUAUUUUUGUUUGGCA